AUGGUUCUAGCAUUAAUUGCCAAGAAAAAGAUAGGAUUCGUGAAUGGCAAGAUUGCAAAGCAUGAAGAUGAUUCUCCUCUGUAUGAAGAUUGGGAAAGUUGUAACACAAUGGUGCUUUCUUGGUUGAUCAACUCUAUGCAUGUUGACGUUUCAAGUAGUAUCAUGUACUGUGAGACUGCGAGGGAGAUGUGGCUUGAGUUACAGCCCUGUACAUGUGGAGCAAUGAAAAUUUUAAGCAUUGCACAUGAGAAAUCCUAUGUGAUGAGGUUCUUGAUAGGGCUCAGUGAGAGUUUUGAGACAGUGAGUAGUCAUAUUCUCAUGCUUGAGCCAUUUCCUUCAAUGAGCAAGGUGUAUGCUCUGGUUCUCCAAGAAGAAUCUUACAAAGGCAUUGGUCAUGGCUCUACCUUCACACCUAGGCCUGAUUCAGUGGCAAUGUAUGCCAAUACCAAGGGAUAUCCAGGUAAUAAAGGUGGCCCUAAGAAGGAGAGACCUUUGUGUACUCAUUGUAACAUGCUUGGACACACUGUGGACAAGUGUUACAAGCUCCACGGGUAUCCACCAGGUUACAAGCACAAAGGGAAGCCUAAUUCCAAUGCUAACCAAGCUUCGUAUCCUCAAGGUCAAGCUGUUGAGGUUCCUUCUAAUGCAUCUGCUCAGUGUCCUAUUUCUAAGGCACAGUGUGAGCAAUUACUUGCACUUUUCAAUUCUAGAACUGAUCAAGGUGCUAAUCACCAUGUUGCAAGUGUUAGUACAAAUGCUGCUGUCUCUAUCAUGCUUUCUGGAGCUACUGGUGUACCUGCUGCCACUGGUGUGCCUUCCACAUCUAUGACAUCUUCAGACCAUGCUCAAUCUACUUUUGUUGACACCAUGUCAGGUAUCAAUUCAUUGCUUCAUUUUACCCCUUCCUUGAAGCAUUCAAUUUUUUCUGCUAAAGUAGUUGAUAGAGAAGUCUUUUGUACCACUGAUUGGGUCAUAGACACAGGGGCUACAGAUCAUAUGGUCCAUUCCAUCACAUGUUUCACCACUAUCACUGCUACUCUAAACACUUUUGUCAAUUUACCUAAUGGGGAAGUUGCUUCUAUUACUCAUGUUGGCAUUGUGAAAAUAUCUGAACACCUUAUACUUCACAAUGUUCUUUGUGUUCCAUCUUUUAGUUUCAAUCUCAUUUCUGACCUUGCUCAUUGGAGCACACUUGGUCUGGGUAGAGAAAGCAAUGGACUUUACUUGCUGGACAAGAGCUACACUUUUACACCUGUCAUUGCUGCUUUUGUACAUAGUUCUCAAGUUCACAUCUGGCACUCCAGAUUGGGUCACUUGUCUAAUGCCAAAUUGGCUUCAAUAAAACCAAGUGAUGUACCUGGUUUCAUUUCUGUUGAGAACUUUGAUUUUUCUACCAUUGAUCAUUGCAAGUAUUUUUUAACCAUUGUUGAUGACUAUUCUAGGGUUAAAGGAUAUAAAGUUCUUGAUUUGUCUAAUAACAAGGUGUUCCUCUCUAGGGAUGUGGUUUUCCAUGAAAAUUAUUUCCCUUUUGCUUAUGUUUCACCUCAUAUUGUAGAUCCUUUCCUAUCUUCUGAUGUUGGAGCUUCCUGCUCAGCUGGUGUUGCUGAUUUUGUUACUCCUGUCAGCAUUUCUGAUCCAUCUUCCUUGGAUUUUACUGAUCCACCUUCUUCUUCUCAUCAAGAUGUUCCAAUUGUUUUACCUUUUGAUCCUAUUUCUUCUUCUAGUCCUAUACAGAUGUCUCAUUUUGAUCAAGUGCCUUCUUCAUCAUCGCCAAUUGUUUCAGUGCCUCCAAUGCCUUUAAGGAAGUCCACUAGGGAUGUCAGACCUCCUGCUUAUUUGCAGGACUAUGCUUGUACUGCUAUUGCACCUGGUGCUCCUUAUGAUCUUGAUCAAUGUCUUACAUAUUCUUAUUUGGAGCCAUGCUACCAUUCUUAUUUACUGCUACCCAUUGGCUGCAAAUGGGUUUAUAAAGUCAAGCUUAAACCUGAUGGUAGUGUUGAGAGGUUCAAAGCUAGGCUGGUUGCUAAAGGGUAUACUCAAAGGGAAGGUCUUGAUUUCCAUGAAACCUUCUCUCCUAUUGCUAAAAUAGUUUUAGUGAGGGUCUUGCUUGCUCUUGCUGCUGCCAAGCAGUGGCCUUUGCGCCAAUUGGAUAUCAACAAUGCUUUUUUGCAUGGAGACUUGGAUGAAGAGGUCUAUAUGACAUUGCCACCUGGUUUUCACAGUAAGGGGGAGUGUGUUUCAGCCUCUUCUACUGCUCUUAGGGUGUGUAAUUAA